UAGUGGAUGGGACCCAUUACGCACGUGUGGUUGACAGCUAGUUCCGGGUCAUGUGACUACCGGAGAACGCGUCCUCUCUCUCACGUUUCGGUGAGCGGCGGCGUGCAGUUACGUUACUGUAGCGUAGACACGAAUCUCUGCCGCUGGGCAGCCGGUAUACCAUGUCUCUCCUCCACGCCACCACAGCCCCCUCCUCCGCCCCGGUGUUUCGGGACAUCAGUGCUGACGAUGAGGAGCAGCAGCCGCACGAGAUAGAAUCGCUGUGUAUGAACUGUUACAAGAAUGGCAUGACCAGACUUCUUCUCACCAAGGUGCCAUUCUUCAGGGAGAUCAUUGUCAGCUCCUUCAACUGUGACUCUUGUAACUGGAGCAACACGGAGAUCCAGUCCGCCGGACGCAUCCAGGACCAAGGGGUCCGAUACUCACUCAGUGUCAGGAGCAAGAGGGAUGUGGACCGUGAGGUUGUGAAAACAGACUAUGCAACCAUGCGUAUUCCUGAGAUUGACUUUGAGAUCCCUGCGUGUACCCAGAAAGGAGCUCUCACCACCAUUGAAGGAAUCUUAGAAAGGACAAUUGUGGGUCUUCAGCAGGAACAGCCUCACAGGCGGGCUGAGAACGCACAGGUUGCAGAGAAAAUUGAUGUUUUCAUCACAAAACUUAAGAGCCUGAAGGAUGGAGAGACUCCUUUCACUUGUAUCAUAGAUGACCCCUCUGGGAACAGUUUUGUAGAAAAUCCAUUUGCUCCCCAGAAAGAUGAAGCCCUUACUGUUACUCACUACAGGAGAAGCCAAGAGCAGGACUCCUUACUAGGAAUAGAGAGUGUUGAUGGCCAGAAGAAUACAGAAGAGAAGCCAGAAGAUCUGAAGGAUGAGGUUCUUCAGUUUCACACUAACUGUCCUGAGUGUAAUGCUCCUGCAGCAACCAAUAUGAAGUUAGUGCAAAUCCCUCACUUUAAAGAAGUCAUUAUCAUGGCCACGAACUGUGAUGCCUGCGGCCACAGAACCAAUGAGGUUAAAUCUGGAGGAGCGAUUGAACCUCUUGGUACUAGAAUUACACUACACAUAACAGAUCCAUCUGAUCUUACUAGAGAUGUAUUAAAAUCUGAGACCUGCAGCUUAAGCAUUCCAGAACUGGAGUUUGAUCUGGGAAUGGGAGCUCUGGGAGGGAAGUUUACUACUCUGGAGGGACUCUUGAAGGACAUAAAAGAUCUGGUGGUUGACAAAAAUCCCUUUACUCUUGGCGACAGCAGUACAUCAGACAGAAAGGAGAAAUUGCAGGAAUUCGGCAGAAAAAUUGACCAGAUCUUAGAAGGACAGAUAAAAGUUCAUUUUGUUCUGGAGGAUUCAGCAGGGAACAGCUAUCUCCAGAAUGUGUAUGCUCCAGAGGAGGAUCCUGAAAUGAAAGUGGAGAAGUAUGAGCGAUCAUUUGAACAGAAUGAAGACCUGGGUCUCAAUGACAUGAAAACUGAAGGUUAUGAAGAACACGAACCAAGUAGUUGUUAGCAGUCUAUAAUCCACGCUUCAGACUGUGGAAAGAAAGCAGAGAGUCAUUCUGCAAUCUGCUUCUAGAACAGUCCAGCAGCUACAUCACCUUGUGCCAGAUAUGCUGAGAAAUAACCAACUUUCUAUAUUGGCAUAGAAACCAUCCAAGAGGAUAUAGGGCCCCCAUUGUAUAAUGUUAUCCUAUAUGUCCUUUAAAGUUCUCAAGAUAGGGGGCACUAUGUGUUCUGACCUUCUUCUUUUUUUUUUUUUUUUUUUCUUGAGAGGAAGAUUGUGGACAAGUAUUAGACACAGAAUCAAUAAUACCCACGGUGCAGGGGAAAGGAUCAAAACACCAGUAUUUUAUGUUCAUGGCAAAAAAAUAUAGUUAUUGCUAUUUUCUGUGUGUUACGUAAGAAUAACCGUGCAUACAGCUUUGUUUACCUAAUCAGUGCACAUUGCACUGUCAUUAUGGGUAACAAUUGGUAAAAUGAAAGGGUAAGGCUGGGUUCACAUCACGUUUUCUCCCAUAAGGGAGCGCAUACGGCAGGGGGGAGCUAAAACCUCGCGCUCCCAUAUGCCUUUCUAUGCGCUCGCGUAUGUAAUUCAUUUCAUUGAGCCGACCGGAGUAAAACGUUGCGCCGUAUGCGCUUUUUCCCCAGACCUAAAACUGUGGUAAACCACGGUUUUAGGUCUGGUUGUAAGAGCACAUAUGGUGCAAAAAUGAGCCGACCGAACGUUUCACUCCGGCCGGCUCAUUGAAAUGAAUUACAUACGGGAGCGUAUAGAAAGGCAUACGGGAGUGCAUAGAAAGGCAUAUGGGAGCGCGAGGUUUUAGCUCUCCCCUGCCGUAUGCGCUCCCGUAUGGGAGAAAACGUGAUGUGAACCCAGCCCUUACUUGACUAACCAUGGGGAUAUCUGAACUAAAGGACAAUUAUUUAUGUCUCAUCAUAGACAUUGGUGGGACAUCGUUACAAUAUGGCACUAAUCUGACAAUAGCUGGAACAAUGUGGCAGCCGCACUGUAUUUCAUUGUAGCACUCUGCAUGAGUCAGAGAUAAGUCCUCUGCUAAUCGGACAUUGGUGGCUUAUCCUAGUGAUAGGACGCUAUGUCUUUAAGACAACCUCCUUUUGAUUUUGUGCCAGACAGUGUUCGUAAAGGGGUUUUCCAGACAUAAAUGAUUGAUGGCCUGUCCUUGGGAGAAGCCAUCAAUCAGCUAUAGCAGGACUGCCAUGGCCAGAUCAUGUCUGUGAAUGGGGCUGUAGGCAAAGUUGGCUGUGUUUGCUGUGUAGUGGCCAUGCCUGGUUACUUCUGCUCAGUUCAUAUUUCAUCUGUAGGUGCUAAGCUGCAGUAAACAGAAAACUGCUUCCUGCCCCGGCCCAGCAGGCCUGCAAAACAGCUGAUUGGUGGGGUGCUGAUCCUGAGGAUGGGCCAUCAAUCAUUUUUUGCUCUGAAAACCCUUUUCAAUUUAAAUGGGCACUGUUACUUGCAAAAACUUUUUUAUGUAAUCUAAAUAACAUAUGUAUAUUUGUGAUAUACAGUGGUAAAAAUGUGUAUAUUUGUGGCUGAAAGAAAUGCUGUCUUGUCCCUGCAGCUAUUGCCUGUGUGUCUCUGUGCAGAGACAAAAUACAGGAAGUGUGAGUGGACAUACAGCAGGAUGACUGACAAGCCAAGAGCCUCACUUCCUGUAUUUGGUCUCCUCACAGAGACACAUAUGCAAUAGCUGCAGGGACAAGACAGCAUUUUUUUUUAACACAAAAAUAUACACAUUUUUUAACCACUGUAUAUUACAAAUAAAUAUAUAAUAUAUGAUCUACUAAUAUUAAGUUUUUGCAAAUAAGUAUACUUUAAUGUUUCCUAUAUUUUGAAUAGUAGAAUAAGUAGAUGCCAAGACUGAAAAUUAAGCAUCCUUCUCAACGUGCAUUGGGGUGCAAGGUUUUUUAUUUUCUUCUACCAACAGUACAGUAUUAACCCUCACACAGUACACCAUAUUUGAUUGGUAAAUUCCUUAGAAACUGGGAAAAGCUCCAUUCUACUACAUUAGUUAUUUGGUAGAUGGACCGUACCAUCUGGUAACAAGUGUUUUGAAAUUGCUCUUGAAUAAAAUUUUUCACUGGUGAUGAACUUAUAGACAACCAGGGCUUUCUGCUCCUAACUGUGUAAUUGCUUGCUUACCAGGAGCAUUAGGUGGGCAGGGUCUUAUGGAAGCCACAUACGCUUGUUUCUCAGCAAAAUAUAGAUGAAGUGACAUAAAAAGCUGUGCUUAUAAGGGGAUGUUCACACUGAGAAAAUUCUGAAUUCCUCUGUGAAUCCAAAAUCUUUUGCAUGGACAGAGCUUAUCCACAAUUAGCGCUUAUAUCCAUGCCAAUUUUUUGUGGACAGAAGUGCGGUCCGAUUGACAGAUGGGACUUUCCUGAUGGAUUCCGGCAGAAGAAUGAACAGGUUCAAUCUGCUGCUGGAAUCCAAAUGGGAUGGAAAUACCAUUUAAAAACCAUGAACGCAUUUAAUACCAGGGUCCUGCUUAAGUGCAACAUAUUUAUUCUUGUGUGGAAGAUGAAUUGGGGUGUAUUCACACAGGGCCAUUGAACCACAGUUUUACUGCUAUUUGAGCUCUACCUAUGCUAGCUGUAGCAAAUAGCGUAAAUUUUUUUUAUUAUUAUUAUUUUUUUUAUAUAUAUAUUAUGCAGUGGUUCUUGGCUUUGCAGCAAAAAAAUGCUGUGCGAUCAUCUCCCAUUGUGAAUACUCGCUGCAGCAAUGUUUUUUUUUUUUUUCUUUCUUAAAACAAAGAUGGUAAUGUCAUUUUAUUUUCUUGAAAUAAA